GAGAAUUAAAAAUUGUGACUCCAAAGAACAAAAUAACACAGAAGAAAGAAAACAGCGCUCAGAAAAAACAGAAAGGGGUAGCAGGUUGUUUGGCGCGCAUGGGCACACAAGAUUAUGACUAGAGAAGACAAUGAAGAGCGGGACAUCCAUCAAAGAGUAACAACCUCUUAUAAGGUGACUAGUAUGACCUCAUGACGCUUCUGUAAAAGCCAGAUUCAGCUAGGAUGUUACACCAUCACUGUCGGAGAAACCCUGAACUACAGGAAGAGUUGCAGAUUCAGGCUGCAGUUGCUGCUGGCGAUGUUCACACCGUGCGCAAGAUGCUGGAGCAAGGAUAUUCUCCAAAUGGUCGAGAUGCCAAUGGCUGGACCUUGCUUCAUUUCUCUGCAGCAAGAGGGAAAGAGAGAUGUGUCCGUGUUUUUCUUGAACAUGGAGCUGAUCCCACAGUUAAGGACUUAAUUGGAGGCUUCACUGCUCUGCAUUAUGCAGCCAUGCAUGGCCGAGCGAGGAUUGCACGCUUGAUGUUGGAGUCUGAAUAUAGAAGUGACAUUAUUAAUGCAAAAAGCAACGAUGGUUGGACUCCCCUGCAUGUAGCAGCCCACUAUGGCAGAGACUCAUUUGUCAGACUCCUGUUGGAGUUCAAGGCUGAGGUUGAUCCGCUCAGUGAUAAAGGUACUACACCGCUUCAGCUGGCCAUUAUCCGAGAGAGGUCAAGCUGUGUGAAAAUCCUUCUGGAUCACAAUGCCAACAUCGACAUUCAAAAUGGUUUCCUGUUACGAUACGCUGUGAUCAAAAGCAAUCACUCUUACUGCCGAAUGUUCCUUCAGAGAGGGGCGGAUACAAACUUGGGUCGAUUGGAAGAUGGACAGACACCCUUACACUUGUCUGCUCUUAGAGAUGAUGUGCUUUGUGCACAAAUGUUGUAUAAUUACGGAGCAGACACUAACACAAGGAACUAUGAAGGACAGACCCCACUGGCUGUUUCAAUAAGUAUUUCUGGAAGUAGCCGACCCUGUCUGGAUUUCUUACAAGAAGUGACAAGACAGCCCAGAAACUUGCAAGAUCUAUGCCGAAUUAAAAUCCGUCAGUGUAUAGGCCUUCAAAACCUAAAACUACUUGAUGAACUACCCAUUGCCAAGGUCAUGAAAGACUACUUAAAACACAAAUUUGAUGAUAUCUGAUAUCCAUGAAGAGAAGAACUCUGAGCAAGAUUAGUUAUAUUCCAGAUACUGAAGAGGCUUGUUGCCUUGCACAAAGUAUAUCCUAUGCAAAUUCUGAUUUUUUCUGUGAAGUCAGAAGGCAGAUAUACACUUCCUUGGGUUUUUUAUACCACACGCUAGAAGGUCUUAAUUUUUGGUUUCUUGGUCCAAGUUUACAAGGUCCAAGCUUUCUAUACAAUAUUACAUUUUAAAAAUUGCUGUUGGCUUUUUGUUUGUUUGUUUGUUUUCACAUUAAGUGUGCAGACUUGCAGUGGAGAUGGAAGGUAGCCUCUCAAGGGAAGUGGUUGGUUUGAAUUGGCAUGCUGAGCAAUUAUUCAAGAAAAUAAAGUUUGGAAAUCAAGGCACCAGUCCUGCAAAAGGAUACCAAUAGAAAGACAUUCAGAGCCCUGUUGUCUGUUGGGACUCUUGUCUCUGCCAGGGCGUAUGUUUUUGCAGGAUAGAGGGAAGAGUUGAUAAUCAACAUGUCUUAGGGUAUUGUAUGAAUAUAAUUUGGAAAUUAAAGAAAAAAUGCAGUUACCCUAUUCAAUUUGAGGGUCUAUACAUUGGCUCUUUUUAUAUUAUUCUUUUCCUAAUUACUGUAGUUGGGAUGCCCAUAAAAUUCAGGCCCUCUUCUUUCCUGACAUUCCCUGUUAAAUGGGUGGCUGUUUGUAAGUCUAUUUUUAACAGUGACAGUACACUACAAAGAGGCAUAGCCUCUGUAUUUUUUACAUUAACUUAAGAGUAAACAAAUUUAGAUUUUUUUUUUUAAGCCAAUGUAUUCUGUUUCUCAUACAGUGCCUCCUGUGCAAUAAUCUUUCUGAUGUAUUUUCCCUUUAUGUGUGAUUCCCCCCCCACUAUUCCUCAUUUAGUCUCGGUGCAUUAUUUGUGAGAAUAGGAACUGCUGCCUUGCUGUGGUGUUGACGUGACAUUACGAAAGUAAUGCAGCAGUUGCUGUUCGUUAUUACUCCCUGAAUUUCAUGAAUGUAUAACCUGCUUUAUUUCACUUUCAGUUGAAAUUUUAUCUACGGGUUCUCAGCCAAAUUGUGUCCACUUUAAAAAAAAGAAAAGAAAUUGGCCAAACCCUUUUGUUUUAAAAGCAGUGAUGGAUUUUUCUCUUUUUUUUUUUUUUUUUUUUUUUUUUGAUUGCUCUGAAAUUCACUUUGUUUCAGGUUAGAGAGUGGGAAGUGCACGUAAGUUAUUAAGACACAUUUUAUAUGUGCUCAAACAAGAAUAGCCCCAUUCAUAUUGAAGGUUUAAAUUUUGCAAUUAAUCUGAAAGGAGCAACUGAAAGGAGUACUGAAAUUCGGCUACUGAAUGUGUUUUUCAUACUAGGCAUUAAAAAGAUUGUUAAAGGGUUUUGUUUCUGAUCACAAAAAAAAAAAAAAAAGAGUUCUUGCUAUCAAAAAAAGAUUGGGCCAAAAUGUGCAGUUGUUUCACUCCCUUUAUUUUCAAAGGAUUAUGGAGUCAUCAUAAGGUUCUUGCCAGUGUCCUCUACUUUUUCUUUUGCCAUCCUACUGGCUCUGGAAGAGCCUCUCUAAUAUCAGGAGUACUUUUGUACCAAUUAUACCAAUGGAAGCGGGGAGAUGAAAGGAACAGUGGUGGCUUUUAACACUGUCACUUUCAAAAUAUUUAAUAUUAAAAAUAUGAAAAGCAAGGUGAAGCAGGUAUACUCAUAUUAUUUAACUGUGCUAGUUCCUUUUAAUGUCUUAUAACCCUGGACUGCAAUUCCUUGAGCACGAACCUUAUCACUGCUAAUGGCUGCACCAGAACUACAGCAAGCAAGGAGGAUUAUCUCUCCCUAUUGUGCCUGGCAUUGCAUCAGGUUUCCAAACAAUAAGUGAUUUCGGAGAUUCAUGGCUCAGAGGAUUGGUCAUGGGAUGUUGAACCUUUUUAUCUCCAACAUGUAUUGGUUCAAGUCCAGCCUGCUUGAGCAGUGACCAAAAGUUCAUGUCUCAGCAGUGUGAGCGAGCAAGUGUGUCCGACCUUAACACCAUGCAGUGGUCACCUCGAGGCAGCAGAGCCUUAUAGUGCUUCCUCCAGGUUGUAUGUAGUGGUGGUGGCAUUGUAGCAGGGACAACCUGAGAGUGUGUGUGGGGGGGGGGGGGGGGGGUGUGAGCUUGUGUGCGUGAUGGUGUCUGUUGGCUCCUAUUGAAGCGAGAAAGAUCAGCUGUUACGAUCUUUAAGCUCUCCAGUACUCAGAUAGGACAGACGUUAAGAAUCGACGGGCAGGUUUUAAGCAUGAAUUUUCAGUUUUGUGACAUGAGAUCAGAACCUUAACAUUGCUUUCUUUUUUUAAAAAAAAUAUUUAGUAUUGUUCACUACAUUUGUAAGUUGGUCUAAACCAAUGUCCUUCCCCACUGAAUUUUUACAGUAAUAUUUUCUAAGGUAAUCUAGAAUAUAUUUUAGUUGCAAUCUAUAUUAAGGCAAAUUAUUUGUUCCGUCUGUUGCUGUGACUGAAGAAAAUUAUGGAAGAUUUUGUUGGUAACAAGAAUGCUAUUUAAUGAAGAAAUGUGUAAUUCCA